AUGAACGCACCAGACUUAAAUGAAAUUUAUGUUAUGAAACCAAAUGAACAAAAAAUUUUAUGUGAAGAAAAUGGUCAUGUUUGUAAAUUUACUUUUGUUAAAGAAGAUCAUACAGCUGGAAACAUUCUUCGUGUUAUGUUAUUAAGAAAUCCUCAUGUGUUAUUUGCAGGAUAUAGACAACCUCAUCCAUUAAAUUAUAUUAUUGAAAUGACUAUUAGAACAGAUACUACAAUAACUCCUAAACAAGCAUUAGAACAAGCAAUGGAUGAUGUUAUUCAUGAAAUAGAAAUAAUGCAAAAUGAAUUUGAAUCAUCUUCAGUAGGAAUUAAUUCAUAUUAA